GCACCUCCUCUGACGCGCUGCUCAUCUACCGCUAUUACACAGACGAAGAAGAAAACGUUUCCGGUGCAACAGCUAGGCAUCAACAUGCCUACUGCUGUGAUUAUGGAAGAAAAUUAUGAUAAAUUGUUAGAGCAGUGUGAAGCUCAAGAGCUCGAGGCUCCAGGGGGCAUUGCAACACCUCAAGUCUACGCUCAGCUGCUGUCGCUUUAUCUACUUCACAAUGACAUGAAUAACGCCAGGUAUCUCUGGAAACGGACUCCUCAAGCUAUAAAAUCGGCGAACCCUGAAUUAACAGCUAUUUGGGCCGUCGGCCAGCGCAUUUGGCAGCGAGACUUUCCAGGGAUCUACACGUCCAUCGCAGCCUUCCAGUGGUCAGAGAAUAUCCUCCCAGUCAUGGAGGCCCUUAGAGAGAGCACACGACAGAGGGCGUACAGUCUAGUGGCCCAGGCGUACACUUCCAUCGGAGCAGAAGACUUCGCUGCCUUUGUGGGAUACUCUGUGGAAGAGGCAGUGAAAGGUGUGGUGAGCCAGGGCUGGCAGGCCGACCCUGCUACCAGGAUGGUGAUGCCUAAAAAGCCAGAUCCUCCCCCCGUCUCAUUGGUUCCAAAUGAGCAGCAGUUGGCCAGACUCACUGACUACGUGGCUUUCCUCGAGAACUGAUAACCCUCCACAACCACUGCCACCCAUUUUUUUUUUCGCUUGCUUGGUACAGAGGGGGAAGACACGUUUCAGAUAGACUCUUCCUCCUUCCUGCAAAGACCCACUCCCUGAUAGAGACGUACCAAAAACACACCCAACAUCUUGCAUGAAAGCUGCAAGCUCUUCUCCAACACAUGCAUAUUUAUGUUCAGUGACUAAUAUAAAGCUUCCCCUGUUAAUUCAUUGGUUAUCUUUCAGACGCCCUGUUGUAUUAUAUUAUUAUUUUAUGCUCUCUUGGUCUCAUUAUGGGUCUGAUUCUGAAGGAGGUAUUACAGGAAUUAUGUUUCCCAUCACUGUCAGUAUGUUUUUAUCAACCUAACAAUCCCUUCACUCACAAUACAGAUGCAGACUAGCAUGUACAGUACGUCCGUUCUGUUUCAGCACUUAAAGGUUGCCUUGAAACUCAUUUGUCAGGUUGUAGAAGUCUUGGCGUGCAUGCAUCAACGUGUGGAUUUCAGACCUCAUAUUUUGAAGUUUAUGUUUUGACUGGUGAAUAAAUAUUUUGCUGUUUCUAA